AUGACUGAGCACCCGUCCACUCCGGUGGAAGGGGCAGCGGACGCCGCGUCCGCGCCUGGCGCACAGUCGGAGGUGAUGGCGUUCGACGCGCCGAAGACCAUUCCGGGGAUGAUGGAGGUGCGGCAGCUGCUGGCCGAUGACCCCGUCGGCGGGUGGGACAAGGCGUGGCAGGCGAGCACGACGCCGUGGGAUCUGGGCGGCGUGACGCCGGCUGUAGCGGCGCUCGUGGCGGCGGAAGAGGGGUCGCCGCUGCACCUGCCGCCCUCCAUCCGCCGCGUGCUCGUCCCCGGCUGUGGCACCGGCUAUGACGUGGAGGCGUUUGCAUCGAAUGGAAGGGAGGCGACGGGCCUUGACAUCGCUCCAUCUGCUGUGGCGCACGCAGAGAAGCGGGUGGAGGGGGCAUCCAACAGGGCGGCCAUGGCGUUUGUGUGUGGCGACUUCUUUGAGUAUCGCCCACCACAGCCCUUCGAUGCUGUCUUUGACUACACCUUCUUCUGUGCGCUGCCACCAUCGCUCAGGGGCAAGUGGGCGGCCAAGACAGCGGAGCUGCUCGCACCACACGGGGUGCUCUUCACUCUCAUGUUCCCCAUCGAUGGACACGAGGGCGGCCCACCCUAUGCCGUCUCCAAGGACAGCUAUGCGGAGGUGCUGGAGCCGCUGGGCUUCACGGCAGAGGAUUUGCCCACAGUCAGUGUGCCGCCCAGACAGGGCAAGGAGCAGCUGGCCAAGUGGGUGCGAGCAGCUGCAGCAUCCAGAGUGUGA